CUCGCCCUCCCCGCCGCCCAUUCGGAGCGCGCCGCCCGAGGAGGAGCAUGCAGCCGCCGUCAGACCCCGCCGUGUGCCUCAACAUGCAGCCCUACAGCAGCGGCUACGAGAAGGACCCCAACCGGGCCUUCAUGCCCCAGGCGCGGCGCUCCGCCGCCGAGCAGCCCAACGACUUCUUCCUCUGGUCCAUGUUCAACUUCGCCUUCCUCAAUAGCUGCUGCCUGGGCUUCGUCGCUCUGGUCUACUCCGUCAAGUCGAGGGACUGUAAAGUUGUUGGAGACUCUGAAGGUGCAGUUCGCCAUGCCAAGACAGCCAAAUGGCUGAAUAUCUUUGCUUUGAUAAUAGGCCUCGUUUUCACAAUCAUCACCAUCAUCAUACUUUUCAUCAUUGUACCUACGAUGAUUGAAAAUUUCCGGAAAAGGUCGUAAUCGCAACUGGAUCAGUGAGAUACAAAUCUUGCAUCCAGAAUCCUCUCCCUGGCAUCAUACCUACGCUCAGCAAUGAGAACCGUGUCUUCUGCUGUAUGCAAACCAGCUAGCAGUACUUGCAAGCGAGAGAUGGCAGAAACGUAUACUCUUAUCUAGAGCUCUGUAGCCGCUAUUUGCCUUAUCAAUAUUGACAGGAAAUUUGAAUCAUGCCCUGUUUGUAUGAAUUAUGCCCUUUCUGACCCACAAUCUGGGUUUGUGGCUUUGCCAGUGCCUGUUGACUGUGUUCUUCUAUUUUGUUUUCAAUGUUUUUAUAAGCUUUUUAUUCAAUAUAUUGCAUUUUUUUCGAUACCAAUAUGAAGUGUGUGGCCAAUUCUAACCAAAUAAAGGCAUAUUCUUUUAA